ACAGCCUCUGGCAUGGAUGAGAUGGCUGUGGAGUUCCUUCAUGAGCUGGAUGUGCCCUUCUUCAAAGUUGCCUCGUGUGAUGCGAACAACUUUCCAUAUCUUGAGAAAACUGCCAAAAAAGGGCGACCCAUGGUGAUAUCCACUGGGAUGCAGUCUAUGGAAACCAUACGGCGUGUCUACAAGACAGUAAAGGAGCACAAGCAGAACUUCACCCUCCUGCAAUGCACCAGCGCCUACCCUUUGGAUCCUAAAGAGGUCAACCUCAGUGUUAUCAAGACAUUCCAGGAAGAAUUUCCAGAUGUUCCAAUUGGAUAUUCUGGACAUGAGCAAGGCAUCUACAUCACUGUGGCUGCUGUUGCGAUGGGAGCAAAAGUUGUGGAGCGCCAUGUGACCCUAGAUAAGACCUGGAAGGGAAAUGACCAUGAGGCAUCCCUGGAGCCCUCCGAGCUGGCAGAGCUGGUCCGAGCAAUCCGACUGGUGGAGACGGCAAUGGGAUCACCAGUCAAACAAAUGUUGCCAUGUGAGAAGACCUGCCAUGAUAAGCUGGGUAAGUCAGUGAUAGCUAAGGUGGCCAUUUCCAAAGGUACAGUGCUCAGCCCAGACAUGUUUGCCGUGAAGGUUGGUGAGCCAAAGGGCAUCCCUCCAGAGAACAUGCAGAACCUAGUGGGCAAGAAGAUCAAAGUGGAUGUGAAGGAAGAUGACAGCAUCUUGGCAGACAUGAUAGAAUGA